ACCAUGAAAACUAUAUCAGCUGCAGCUUUGUUCAUCUUCUUUCUCUUCUCCGUAUCCAACGCUGCAAAGGAGCCGGUGCUCGAUACUGAUGACGAACCUCUCCGCUCCGACGUUGAAUACUACAUCGUGUCAACGAUACCAGGUGCUGGUGUUGGUGGCCUUGACUUAGCCUCCUCAUCUGAAAUCUUUUGUCCGAAAUUCGUAAUCCAACAAAGAUUUUCAAACGGUAGGCCGGUGUUCUUUCGUCCCGUUGACACUAAUGAUCCCGUCGUCUAUGUUUCCACCGAUGUAAACAUACGGUUCAUCGGCAUAGACGCGUUAUGCCGAGCAGUGCCUACAUGGAGCGUCGGCAAUUAUGAUCCUUCGGCGGGACAAUGGUGGAUCACAACCGGUGGGGAUGUAGGUAACCCUGGUCCUCAAACUUUGUCCAACUGGUUCAAGAUCGAGAAAGCUGGAUCUGGUUACAGACUGAGAUUCUGCCCUUCGGUGUGCGAUUCGUGCGUAAGCUUAUGCAACGAAAUUGACAGAUUUUUCUUAUGA